CAAAAAUAUUUACAAGGACAAAAAUCAAACAAAAAACUUACGGGACUAAAACUGAAAAAACACGUAUUUGCAUGGACCAAUCAUGUAUUUAAGCAUCAAAUUAUUAGACAACUAUCCAUUAUAAUUUUUCAUUCCCCAAAAUAUGAACUUGAAGUAGUUGAGCUACUGGUUAACAAUCAAAAUCUUGAAUUUUCAGAAUAUCAAUAUGCAGUGUUUUUGUUUGGCAGAAAUGAUAAUAGCCACAAUGGCUUUAUUCUCAAACAAAUGAAUCAAUCAUUUUUCACUUUUUCAACAGUUUCCACUAUCAUUCAAGUAUAAAGUUUGUAUCUUUGUAAUCAAUCUAUGGUUUUGGAUAUGGAGAAAAGUAUUUAUACCUUUUUAACUCUACACCGUUGGGAGUCUCUGAAUCACAUGAAUUAUAGGUUGGGUUCUCUUAGGCCUGUUCAUGGAAUGUUAGCUUUGAAAUUCCUCAAUUGGGUCAUCAAGCAACCUAAUUUGGAGAUGAAACAUCUAACUCAUAUCAUUUCCACUACCACCCAUAUACUUGUUAGAGCUAGAAUGUACAAUUUUGCCAAAACAACGUUGAAACAUAUGUUACAUAUGCCUAUUGGUUUCAACAAUGUUUUUGGUGCUUUGAUGGAGACAUACCCUUUUUGUAAUUCAAACCCUGCUGUUUUUGACCUACUCAUUAGGGUUUAUUUGAGGGAACAGAUGGUUGGCGCUGUACAGACUUUUCACUUGAUGGGUUUUCGAGGGUUGAAGCCGUCAGUGUAUACUUGUAAUAUGGUGCUAGGUUCGUUGGUAAAGGACCAUAAGGUUGAUUUGUUUUGGUCCUUUUUCAAAGGAAUGCUUGAAAAGAAGGUUUGUCCGAAUGUUGCUACAUUCAAUAUACUGUUGAGUGCUUUGUGUGAACGUGGGAAGUUUAAAAGUGCUGGCUUUCUGUUGAGGAAAAUGGAAGGAAGCGGUCAUUUUCCAACUACGGUUACUUACAAUACUUUGCUUAAUUGGUAUUGCAAGAAAGGAAGGUAUAAGGAAGCGUCUGAGCUUAUUGACUCAAUGGCAUCUAAGGGUAUUGUGGCAGAUGUUUGUACAUAUAAUGUGUUGAUAGAUAAUUUGUGUAGAAACAGGAGUGCGAAAGCUUAUUUAAUAUUGAAAAGGAUGAAGAAGAAUAAGGUGAAUCCUAGUGAGAUAACAUAUAAUACUCUUAUUAACGGAUUUGUUAAGGAGGGGAAGAUUGGAGUUGCUGCAAAAGUUUUUGAGGAGAUGUCAUCAUGUAACUUGUUGCCAAACAGUAUUACUUACAACACUUUGAUUGUUGGGAACUGUAGCAACGGCAACAUUGAGGAAGCAUUGAGACUUUUUGACGUGAUGGUUGUGCAUGGUUUGAGACCUAAUGAAGUGACAUACGGAGCUCUUUUAAAUGGGCUAUCCAAGCAUGCUGAAUUUGGAUUGGUUUCUAGUGUUCUUGAGAGAAUGAGGAUGGGUGGCACGAGAGUUGGUCAUAUAAGUUAUACGGCAAUGCUAGAUGGAUUGUGUAAGAACGGCCUGCUUGAAGAAGCUGUACAGUUGCUGGAUGAUAUGUUAAAAGUUUCUGUCAAUCCUGAUAUUGUUACGUUUUCAGUACUCAUUAAUGGAUUUCUCAGGGUGGCGAAGAUAAAUAAUGCAAAGGAGAUAAUGUGUAAAAUGUAUAAGGCUGGACUUGUGCCAAACAGCGUUUUGUAUUCAACAUUAAUCUACAACUACUGCAAGAUGGGAAACCUUAAAGAGGCAUUAAAUGUUUAUGCAGUUAUGAACCGCAGUGAUCAUGUUUCAAAUCUCUUUACAUGUAAUCUAUUGGUUGCAACUUUUUGUAGAUGCGGGAGACUUGAAGAAGCUGAGUAUUUUAUGGACCACAUGUGCAGAAUAGGUCAUGAUCCUAGCUCUGUUACUUUUGAUUGCAUUAUAAAUAGUUAUGGAAAUUCUGGUGACACGUUAAAAGCAUUAUCUAUGUUUGAUAGAAUGAAUAAUUUAGGCCAUUUACCUAGUCAGUUCACAUACGAGGGUCUAUUGAGAGGACUUCUGAUUGGCGGACAUAUUAAUGAAGCCAAAAUACUUCUGAAUAGACUUAAUAGUAUUCCUUAUGCCAUCGGUAAUCUUUUCUACAACACAAUGCUUACUUUGGCUUCAAGAUCAGGAAAUUUAUCAAAUGCUGUUGCCCUUGUUAAUGAGAUGGUUGUGAAUAAUUUUGUGCCUGACAGUUAUACAUACACUAGUCUUAUUGCAGGACUAUGCAGGAAGGGUAAAAUGGUUGCCGCACUCCUUUUGUCGGGGAGGGCAGCUGAAAAAGGAUUAUUAUCUCCAAAUCUUGCUGUUUACACUAGUUUAGUUGAUGGUCUUCUUAAGGAAGGACAUACAAAAGCUGCUUUAUAUAUUUUUGAAGAUAUGCUGAAUGAAGGUGUUCACCCGGAUACCAUUGCAUUCAAUGUUCUUAUGGAUCGAUACUCACGGAAGGGGAAAAUGUCGAAGGUAAAUGAUAUCCUUUCAACAAUGAGGAGUAGAAAUUUAUGCUUCAACUUGUCUACUUACAACAUUCUCCUGCAUGGAUAUUCAAAGAGGAAUGACAUGUCAAGAUGUCCUGUGUUAUACAAUGACAUGAUCAAACAUGGUUUUGUGCCUGAUAGGUUAACGAGGCACUCUCUUAUUCUUGGAUAUUGUAAGUCCGGAUCAUUGGAUGUUGCUGUAAAAAUGUUAAGAAGAAUGACGAUUGAAGGUUUCAAAGCUGAUUGUUUGACGUUUAAGAGCAUCUACAUAGGGGUGAAAAUGAGUUCGUCCGCCAACGUGUAAUUACUUAACUUCUAGUUUUUUGUGGGUUCACCGUUGGAGUUGUGCCAAGGUGUCAUCACGGUACUGUCAGGAAGGAACGGUGCUUCAUAGCA